GAUGCCAAUGUCAAUCAUCCCACGCAGAAAUAUUGAAACUUCUUUUACGAUAAUAAAAUGAGCGACAUAGUAUCGAAAUGGAUCUUACACCGUUUGGGGCUGGUGGUGAACAUGAAGCCGGAAACCUUUGCCCUAAAGACCGCGAACGGGCGUUUACUAUCAGAAAUCCUGCAGAGCUACGAAAUCAUAACCGAGCACGAGCUAAAACUGAUAAAAGAGAGCGACUCGGUAAUGGAUUGCUACAGCAACUUCAAUUUAAUCAACGUCUGGCUGGAGCGCAUCAAUUUGAACGUGAACGAGGACGAUUUGUACGAGAUCGUCCAUGGGGUGGGCACCACCUCGUUGCACCUCUUCUACCAAGUGUUCCUCGAGCUAAAAGACAAAACGAAACUGGACUUCCUCACCGACAACGAGAUCAAUUCCCAACUGAAAAACACCGCGCAUCGCUUCAACAUCAAAACCGUUUACGAGGACGAGGAUCCGAACAAGAUCAACCUGCACCGUCAGGACUUGUGUCAGCCGUUCCUCAGCGGGGGCGACGUCUUCCAUUGGUACAAAGACCGCAUCGAGGCGGUGCAGAACCGAUGCAGAGACGCCCGCGACGACUACUAUCAUAACGUAAAGAACAAAUGCAAAUCGUUCAAUUAUGAGCGCAACAUUAACGUCGAGAGCGGCUUCGUGUUAUCGAGGGGCCUAUCGACCAGACCCUCUCAGAUGUCCGAGAUGGUCGUCUGUGAGGAUCAGCCGGACGACUUGGACUCUUUGGAUACCAGAACUUACGAGCAGUUGCUGUUGGAGCAGAAGCAGGCGCAGGAGCUUCUUCCUAUAGAGCCUGACCCCAAGGAGGUGAACAAGAUCAUGGAUAACUUGCAUGUGAAGAAGAAGGCUCGGCACGAAAAUCGGUUGCUAAGGUACAAGCUGCACCAAGAGAUCAUGAACGAAUUCGACCGGAAGAUCAACGACAGCAAGGCGAUGUCCGAAACCCGCGUGAUGACCAACAUCUUCAUGAAACAGUCCCUCUACGAAAAAGAGCUGAUCACGAAGAUCGGGCAGGUGAAGAUGCAAAAGGAGCACAUGGUGAAUAAUAAGUUCACACAGGGCGAGAUAUUCAACAAGAUGAAAGAGAAGAGCUUCAUGGAAUCGAUGCUGCUAAAAGACAAAGAGCUGAACGAGAAGAAGCUGACGUAUUACGUGGAGCAGGAACGGAUGCUGCAACUGCACCGGAAACUUUGGGAGGAACGUAAGCGGAUGACCAAGAAGAAACACGAGGACACUUGCUCGAAAGCGGUACGGGACAUCGUGGACAUCGCGAUGAAGAUCUCCGAGUACAAAACGUGCUACGGAACCGAACCGAACAAGCGCGAGAUGGAGCUGAUCAGGAAUUUAUUCGUGAGCGGACAGUGCGCCUUCGACAUCUGUCAGCCGGUGAUCGAGAUCAUCCGUAACGUGGACGACGACAUCGAGGAGAUCAUCAGCAGGGAGACGAGGCGACAGGACGCGUUGGACUCGCAGGAGUUCGAUCGUUAUCUGAACUUCGAGUGGCCGUGGGACCCGCAGAAGGUCGACUGUAGCGCCGACGUUUUCCAGCAGAUCCAGCAGGGUUUGAACGUGUUGGGGUACAUCGUGCAUAGGGCGUUGCAGGCCAAGUACCCGACGGUGCCCUCGAGGGAGAAACCGGAUGUGCCGGAGGUGGCGGUUCGGGUGUGUCUCAACGGUCUUAACGAUCCCGCGGUAACGAAGGCCCUGAAGCGUUUGCUGUCGGAGCGACGGAUCGAGAUCAUCGAUCUCAGGGAGGCGGUCAAUUUUUGUUUGGACGCUUUUAAGGUCGAGAGCAAACAGGAGUACGAGAGUGCCACGAGCGUCACUGGUGGGAAAGAGGCGAAACCGAAAAAAGAGAAAACCGCACAGAAACCGAAGAAAGGCGAGCGACCGAACAAAAAGCGCAAAAAACUGGAGGAAGACGACUCGAUCAUAAUGGACCCGCUUAAGCCAAUGAACAACAAAUCGGUGCAAACCCCACUGCGGUACCCUUGCGAAGAAAUCCCCUACAGCCUGCCGGCCCUGCUAGGUAAAACCGCGCAGGAGCUCCUGGACGAGGGCCAACCCCUGGGCGAUUUCCUGAUCAUCGACAUGUUCGUGGAAUACCUGAAAUCCCUCAGCGACAUCCAAGGAUGGGUGUUGGUGAACUAUCCGACUAACAUCCAACAAGCCUCGAUCUUGGAGGAGACGUUCACGGGCGCGAGUAUCCUGGACACUUCGGUCCGUAACACCAUCGACACCGGGAAAAGUCUGACCGACUUCCUGGACCGCCUGAAAGGCAUCGAAGACUGCAGCUUGUACAACGAGAUGGUGUCCAAGAACGUAUCCAGGAUGCUACCGAACCCGAUCAAAGUGGAACCGACGAAAGUCUACGACACUUAUCUGACCGCUUACAUAAAACUUCAAAAACUACCGGACGACCAGGUGGGUGACCCGGUACUGCCUCCCACCUACGAGGAGCUCGGAGACGAACCAGACCCUUUGGAUAAGUUCUACUCCAAUGCGGGGGCGAACUACUCAUUCUACUACAAAGAGUUUGAUCAAGCGACUAUUAAGCACCUGGGCAAGUUGAUCCUGGGGGAUUUCAGUUUGCCCCUGAAGUCGUCCCUGGAGCUUUUCGGGGAGGGGGUCGGUGUGGACAAGUCCGGCCCCGCCAAGGGAGUGAAAGCGACCAAGAAGGGGAACAAAGUGAAACCCCCGAGGGUCAAGGGGCCCUCUCAAGAUGACGCGCCUCCGGCACCGAAAAAAGACAAAAAAGGCAAAGCGAACGUCAUUAUAGUGUACGAGAAUAAGGCGGUGCAGGUGCCCACAGAGGACGAGGACGAGGAGGGCGAAUUGGAAACGGCAGCUGACCAACGGGCCUCCAAUACGUUCACGUUGCCCGCGGUCGGUCAACCGGGAUGGAAGUACAACGAAGUCGAACUCCCGGAGGAGUUUCUGAAUGUCCUUGCGACCCUAUGGGAGACCGCCGAAGAGACGUUCAUCCACGAGAUCAGCCAGAUCCUGUUCCUUAAUCGUCUGAAUAUGGGGGCGGUGAUGCCUUAUUGCAACGAAAUCAAAAGUGUCAUGUCGAAAAUCAUCGUUCGUCCCGAUCUUAAGGGGUUUUACUUGGCCAAGUUCCAAAAGGCCUUCAACUCGUUCGAUAUGGAUUUUAGGAAGGACGACGAGUUUAAGGCCGAGAUGCAUUGUAGGAUCGAAGAUUUUAAAGAGAAAAUGGCGGAAGUGUGCGACAUCAAAAUGAUGGAGUCGGAAAACGUCCGUUUGCACAUAAUAAACCUGAACUGGCCGGUGCGUCAACUGAUCGAGCUGAUCAACAAUUACAUAAACCUCAUGCAGUGCCAGAACGACAUAUGCGCCCAAGUCAUGGAUUUCACCAUUUUGUAUUACUGCAAAGUUUUGAACGUAGCACCGGAACAAGAGGAUUUAUUUAAGCGCGAACAGAUGUACAAAAUACGCGAGCUCGAUGCCGACCUUAUAAACGGGAUGUUCACGCAACUCGACGCCCCGGUGGAUCUGAGUUAUUUCGAGGACAUGUUCUCCGUUCUCUUUCAGAAAUGUCAGGCGUACCUCAAGAAGGUCCUCGCGUUCAACAACGCUCAAGUGGAGAGGGCCAAAGUGGGCAAUAACCAAAAACCGAAGAGUAAGGCGAGCAGUCCCAGGUCCAAAGCUUCCAAGGAUUCUAAAAAGACCACAGACGAGGCGGCCGCCAAGGAAACCGUCGACAAGCUGAUCCAAGAGUGGGAGUGCCUCCUAAAGAGUCUAAGCCUAAGAAACAACCUGCGCAUGGAACUGAUCAGAGUGAACGCCCUCGAGUCGAUCAGGGAGGUACUGGAGUCCCUCCAGAAGGCCUUCCACGACAUCCUCAAAGACAUCCGCGGCAAAUACGAGCAAGAGAUGAAAAACGUGGAGAACGCCUGCCGAGUGUUCCGACAGGCGGUCGAGAACGAAACACCGAUAAAGAAAGAGUUACUGUUCGUCGGCGACGAGUUCACGAUCAACCCCGAGGUGAACCUGUUCGAAGACCCCCCGAUCGUGCCCGAUUUGCCCCAAGAAGUGGUGGAGGCCGGCGCGUUUACCGUCACGCAACUCUCGAAACUCGCGGACAUUUUCCUGGACCUGAGUCCCUCCGGGUAUAUGCCCAAGACGACUUUCAUGUUCGUCCUACAGGACAUUUUGUGGGUGCGGCCGGACAACGACGACUGGAUCUCGCCGGAAAUGUGGAGGAAAGUGAAGUCGCAGGCGCAGUUGACCGAAGUCGUUGCCGCCCUGUACGACGACCUCGAGUACGUUUACUGGAAAGACUUUAUCGUUUUAAAUUUGCGCGUCGACUAUCCGACCGAACGCGAACUGUUUUUGCUAAGGCGCGACUUGAGGCAGUGCGAUCCGGACGCGACCGAACUGGUCCAAGACUAUCAGUUUUUCACCGUCAAGUUCUGGUUCGAAUACGAGUUCCCGGAGGAGGAUUCUCAUAAGGUGAUGGACAUCAAGCGGCUCCUCUACAAGAUGUACUACAUCAAAAACCGUGGCCUAAACUACACCGCUUUACUAUUGGACUUCUGCAAAGAGUCAUCUCCUGUGGAGGGAUUCGCCAAGGCAUUGGAACUCUCCGUGGGCAAAGUCAUAUGCUGGGACGAGGACGUCGGCGGCAUGUUCAAAGAGGAGUACGUGAAAAGGGUGCGGGAGCACGAGGAGGAUGUGAGGAGACGCAACGAGGAAUGGGAGGACCACUACAAGGCCGCCUACGAGGAAGUCUGCAAACUGGUGGAUCACGUGGUGCAUAUAACCGAGGACGUCGUGAUCGAGGACCUCAAGGAGGACAGUCUCGAGGAUUCAGCCUUUAAAGUCGAAUCGACCGCGAGCAACGAGGAACUAAACGAGCCGGAACAAAACGGAUCCGAGGAGGAUCAGAAGAAUACGGUGCGACUGUACCAAGAGUAUCCGGAUAACGUGUCAACCGACUGCGGCAUGACCGAGAUCAUUUUCUUUUUGACGGUCGAACCGGUGAUCACGGUGAUCCAGGCCGCCCUGCCGUGGCAUUCGCGGGUGAAGCACUACGGGGAUCUCAGCUACUGGGAGAAGGCCGUCAAAGUGUUCGAGGACUGCCGCAAUCCGGACUUUAAUAUGGCCGUGUUGUCGCACGAGUUUUUGAACUCGGAGGGGUUCUUAGAACUCCUGGGGCAGACGAGGAAGUUCACCGCCCUCGAUCCCGUUCGGGUGUUAAAAGAGGUGUUGACUAAUAACGAAUAAUGUAAUAAAUAAAGUCGUGUUUUUAGAAA